AUGACGACUCUCAACAUCAAUAGUCUCGUCGAACAUGAGGCUGAGUCGGAUGCGACCACUCCAAAGGCCGAUCGCUUUGCUCAUGGCGCUUCCGCUCGAGAUCAGCAGCCUUACGACGGCGACACGAGCAUAACCACACCUAAACCUACCGUUGCACCUACCCCAGACACCCGCAACUCGACACCUAAUGACGACGACAAUGAGGCUAUGGACCUAGACGAAGAGCAGGAGAAUGAGGACUCAGAUGGCGAAGGCGAUGAGAACUCCAGGAAGAGAAAGGGACAACGAUUCUUUUGCGUCGACUAUCCUCCCUGCAGCCUCAGCUUCACGAGAUCAGAGCACUUGGCCCGCCAUAUCCGCAAGCAUACGGGUGAACGGCCAUUUCAAUGUCACUGUAGCCGCCGCUUCUCCCGCUUGGACAAUCUUCGUCAGCACGCUCAAACAGUACAUGUCAACGAGGAAAUACCAGCCGAAUCCCUAGCCGCCACCGGCACACGCUUUCAACGACAGAUCCGGACUGAUCGUGUCCGGCAGAAUCCUCGUCCGCGCAGCGGCACAAUGGGUAGUACGGGUGGCCACAGCAGAGGUCAUUCUCGAAAUCUGUCAAACUCUAGCAUAGCCUCGACGACAUCGGGAUACAGCACCGUAACCGAGGCUAAAAGGAGGCCGCCACCACUACUAAUGGCCAACGAGUCCAGCAGGGUACGAAUAGGUGAACCUCCUCAAACGCCUCCGCCGCAGGGCUAUUACAACGCACCUCAUUCUCCGAACGGCCUAAGUACUCCAACGUCUGCGACCUUCUCUGCGAUGCCGGGUAGCCCAGCUUCCCGCCAUCCUAUGCUUCUCCCCAGUCCUCGCAUUCGCGUGCCUCGAGCCUGGACCACUAUCCUCAUCCAGUCCUAUGGCCAGCCUGGACCAUCGCACGGCUCAUCAUCACAAAGUAGCGUAUAUGGAAGCCCCACGACCGGCCACUUUCCCGGCGGCCCUAGCCACUAUUAUCCUCCUGGCGAAGAUCCGCGGCGGCGCACGUGGCACCCGAGCACCUUGACGAACACGAACUACAACUACGGAAGACCCGCCACCAGCGGGCUGGCGCACUCGCAGACUCCUGAUGGCCCGUUUCCAGCACACACUCAACAAGCGACUGCGGCAGCCAGUCAAGGUUUUCGAUUGCCAGGCAUAGAGACCUUCGACGAUUCGACCAACCGUCGUGAUCGAGGCCUUUCACCUCCUCGACGUGUUCCGAGUCCUGUGCAUCCGGGAUCCGGAUUUGGUCCUCCAAGGAUGUCCGAGUAUCCGCCUCUGGACGAUAACGGACAGAUAGCUCGACCGAGCAGUUCUUGGGGACAGUCGACCCUGGAUGAUCUCCAACGGGUCGAAGCUCAACAGCAAUACCCUGCACCCUAUCACAUGGGCCCACCGCCACCACACAUGACACAGCCUCACCACAUGGAAGCUUACCAGUCAGGCCGUGCUGUGCCCUCACAGCGUCAGAAGUGGAACGGGCCUCAUGCCGCAAGGACAUCUCCUGAGGACUCGAGCAGCAGCGAAGGCAUCAAGACACCCGGCACUGCUACUGUUGAGGUCCAUCCGAUGAUCAUGCCCAGCAGUGGCUUCAUUGAGCCACAGCAUCAUAUCAUGCAGCCUGAAGGCCAAUCUCAGGCAUGCAUAGAUCCCGUAGUACGCGAUCCUUCACCCUAUGCCCAACGCAUCUCCCAGGGCGGUGCAGGAGAUCGAGUCUCCGCCGGCAGCGGUGGUAUGAAUGGAUUGGACGCCCUUGUUGCAGCGGCCGAGCGAGACGAGUCAACGACACGAGACGACAAAAUGCACUAG